AUGGAAAUCGAAGAGUCUCCGUAUCGUGCUGAAUACGCUAAGAGUGGUAGAUCAAAAUGUAAAGCGUGUAAGGAAGGUAUUGAAAAGGAUCAUCUUAGACUCGCUGUUAUGAUUCAAUCUCCUAUGUUUGAUGGUAAACAGCCAAAUUGGUACCAUUUCAAUUGUUUUUUUGCUAAACAACGACCUAAAACAGUUGCUGAUAUUGGUCAUUUUGAUUCAAUUAGAUGGGAAGAUCAAGAAAAAAUCAAGACUAAAUUAGAGUCUCUAAUUGGAACUGCUGAUCCCGUAUCAACAAAAAAGAAAUCAAAUGGAAAAAAAAAGGAGAACAAAAAUUUUAAUGUGGAAUAUGCAAAAUCUGGACGAGCUGUUUGUUGUGGAUGUCAAGACAAAAUUGUAAAAGAUGAUAUUCGUAUAGGUAAAAUGGAUUAUGAUACUGAUGAGGCUCGUCGUUUUGGAGGUAUAAAUAGAUGGCACCAUUUAGAAUGUUUUGUCAAACUUAGGCAAGAUUUAGGAUUCUUGGAUCUUGCUUCCUCUUUAACUGGCUAUGAUAAUUUAAGAGAAGUAGAUAGAACUAAUCUUAAUAAUGUGUUACCUAGAAUGACUAUCAAAACUACCACUGCUGAUAAUUUAGAUGAAACUGAUGGACCCAGUUCAAGUAAAAAAAUGAAGUCUAAUAAUCAUUCAGAUUUAGAAAUAAAAAAACAAAAUAAAUUGAUAUUCAAGUACAGAGAUUAUUUAAAAACAUGUCCUAUUAAAAUAUGUAAAGAACUUUUGGAAUAUAAUAAACAAAAUAUACCAGAGGCAAAUCAUGGAGCGAUUUAUGAUAGAUUGUCAGAUUUACUGGCUUUUGGUACUUUACUUCCUUGUGAUGAAUGUGAAGGUCAAUUGGUUUUUAGAAGUGGUAUUGGAUAUCAAUGUUUAGGAUAUAAGAAUGAGUGGUUAAAAUGUGACAAAGUGAUGGUUGAACCACGUCGUGUGGAAUUCAAAAUUCCUUUACAUAUUCUUGAAAAUGAUGAUUUUCUUAUGAAGUAUAAAUGCAAAAUACAGAAUCGUUUAUUUGAAAAAUCAGAUAAAACUUCUACAAAGCAAUCAUCUACAGUACAAAACGAUAAGGGCGUAGUAAAAGUAACGCGUAUUCUGCCACUAAAAAAUAUGGAGUUUACAACUUUAUUAAAAGGCUCAGAACUGAAACAAAUUAAACUUAAAGUGGCAAAAUUUGGUGGUACAAUAGUUUCUCAUUGCACUAAUAAGAUUGCUGCUGUUUUCGCAAACCCAGACAGCAUUAUUAAAAAGGGUGUGAAGAUAAAAGAAGCUGAAAGUUUCGAAAUUGAAGUUGUUGAACCUAUUGCAUUUUUUGAUGCUAUUGAUAAAGGUGGCAAUGCAAUUGAGUUGAUAGUUCAACAAAACUGUGCUCCAUGGGGAGGAAAGGCCAAAGAAAGAAUCGAAAAAAGGCAAAAAGAAUUGGAAUUUGAUUAUAAAAAUAAAAGCAAUUUAAAAAGUAAAAUAUCAGGAAAAAGUAUGUAUGAAAAAAGUGUGCCAACAAGUGUAAAGUUGACUUUAAAAGGAGGCAUUGCUGUUGAACCACAGUCUGCACUUGAACAUAAAGCUCACGUAUUUAAGCAAAACAAUGAAGUAUGGAAUGCAAAUUUAUGUCUGUCUGAUGUGCAGACCGGUAAAAACUCAUAUUAUAAAUUACAAUUAUUAGAGUCGGACAAUAAGAACAGGUAUUGGGUAUUCCGUUCUUGGGGAAGAAUUGGUACCACUAUAGGUGGUUUUAAGACAGAUGAGUAUAAAUCGUUACAAGAGGCCAAACAAAAUUUUGAAUUUUAUUAUGAAGAUCAGACUGGAAAUGCAUGGAGAAAUAGAAAUCAUUUUGUAAAAAUGCCUGGUAAAAAAGUUCCAGUUGAAACUGAUUAUGGACAGGAUGAAUCCAAAACUCUUGAUUCUAUUAGUAAUAUACCAUGUAAGUUACCUGAGCCAGUACAAAGACUAAUUCGUUUACUCUUUGAUGUUGAAUCUAUGAAAAAAGUUAUGUACGAAUUUGAGUUGGAUUUACAAAAAAUGCCACUAGGAAAAUUGAGUCGCAAUCAAUUGCAACAAGCAUACACCACAUUGAAUGAAUUAAAUAGUAUGAUAGAAUUGAGCGAUGAGAAGAGUAAAAGAGACAAUGUAAUCAUGGCUACAAACAAGUUCUAUUCCUUGAUACCUCACGACUUUGGUAUUAAAACGCCUCAGCUUAUUGAUUCGAAAGAAAUUCUUAAUUCAAAGUUAGAAAUGAUUGGAAGCCUGAUGGAAAUUCAAAUUGCGUACAGCAUGAUGGACAGUAAAACGUCUGAAGACUCUAUGUUACAUCCACUUGAUACUCACUAUAUGAAAUUAAAUUGUGCUAUUGAUGUAUUGCAUUCGGAUAUGAAUGAGUUUAACAUCAUUCAACAGUACAUAACGAAUACUCAUGCUGAAACUCAUAGCUCUUAUUCUUUAAAUAUCAAAGAUGUUUUUAAAGUAGUUAGAUCUGGUGAAGAAAAACGAUUCAAGCCAUUCAAAAAAUUGCACAAUCGUAAACUAUUGUGGCAUGGUUCACGAAUCACUAAUUUUGCAGCUAUACUUUCUCAAGGUUUACGCAUUGCUCCCAAAGAAGCUCCAGUUACUGGUUACAUGUUUGGUAAAGGUAUAUAUUUUGCUGACAUGGUGUCAAAAUCAGCCAACUAUUGUAUGGCGUCUCAUGGCAAUAAUACCGGUUUAUUACUAUUGUGUGAAGUUGCACUGGGUAACAUGGAUGAGUACAAAGCAUCUGAAUACAUAGAGAAAUUACCGGCUGGAAAACACAGCUGUAUGGGAAUCGGUAGAACAAAGCCUGAUCCUGCUGAAUCAUUGUUUAUUGAAGAUAAGAUCGAAGUUCCCCUCGGGAAACCAAUUUCUUCCAAUAUCAACGAUACAUCAUUGUUAUAUAAUGAAUUUAUUGUCUAUGAUAUUUCACAGGUUAAACUUCGUUACUUGGUCAAAGUGGAUUUCAAUUUCAAUUACUAG